CAAGGCCCAUGUGAUUGCGAUUACCUUGUUAAACUGAUACGGGGUUACUUGGUCUUUUGCAAACACACACAGUUGCAGCUUGUCGACUCACGUCACUCAUCCCUCGCGCAGUCACGCCAACGCGCAGCGAAAGCAAGUGUGCUAGAUUUGUACGAGGGCCAACGCAACAAGCCAGCCAAGCUCCCCAGCCGCGACGAUCGCCAGUGAGCCGCCGUUGGACAUUCACUUGAGCGCGUUGAUCUUCUUCUUGGACCGCAUUGGCUACAAUUUCUCUCUUCCACACCACCACCACACAGCGUACACCAUGUCGACAGCAACAGCAAACAAGCCGCCGGCCACAGGCACCCCAGCGCGCAGCACGCCCUCGAGGGUCUCUUCGUCCUCGCCUGCUGCGGCGAGCCGCACGCCUGCACGCUCUUCGACACCGACAACGAACGGAACACCAGGCGGCGUCGCCAGGACGCGCUCUGUCCGGUCUGGUGCCAGCGGAACGCCCGUGUCAGCGCGCGCAUCAGUCAAGAAGCCCGCUCCACCCUCGACGCUGAGGAGGAACUCAUCGCAGGUCGACAGCCCCACCGAGGAGGACAGCGCCGCCGCCGAGGCAAAGGCCGCGUACCUGCAAGAUCUUGAGGAGCGCCUCCAGAAGGUCGAGUCUGAGGCCGAGGAGCGCCAGAAGCAGAUCGAGGUGCUGAAUGCACGCUUGGACGAGGCCCACGCCGAGCAGUCGAAGCUCGAGGAGCGCGCUCACGAGGAAGAAGAGAAGGUCGAGACCCUCGAGAACGAGAAGAAGGAAGUUGUUCGACAGCACAGAGAGCUCGAGGGCAUCUACGAGGCCGAGCGAGCCCAGGCCAUGAAGGAGAAGGAGAGCAUGCAGGCGCGCGAGGAAGAGCUCCAGGAGACGAUUCAACGGCUGAAGGAAACCAUGGCCACCAAGAACGUCCAGGGUGUUGAGGACGGCGAGGCCCCAUUGUCGCGUACGUCAAGCUUCCGCAACAACCCUUCGCGCACCAACUCGUCUCAGAACCUCGAGAACUUCGCCCCACCAAACUCGGUCCAGCGCAGCAACUCGCGCAACAACUCGAAGCUCAUCCACCAGAAGGACAAGAUCAUCGAAGAUCUGCGCCUCGAGCUUGCCGAAUACCAGGUCAAGGUGCUCGAGGUUGAGAACGCCGGUGGUGGCCGGACCGCCGAGUUGGAGAGGCAACUGCUCGAGACACGUAUGACGAACGCCAGGCUGAUGGAAGAUAACGAGAGCUUCCAGCUUCUGCUGGGCGAGAAAACACUGAACGGCGAUCUGAGCCGCGGCGACUUCUUACGCGAUUCCUCUCACAACGAGGACCGCCCUUCGUCACGUAAGGGGCCAUCGACCAGUCUCGCAGAUGAGCUGGAGGAAGCCGAGGAGGCACCAGAUGUUGAGCUCGUCCGCAAGCUCGAGGCCGAGGUAAACAGCAUGAAGGACCAGAACAAGGCUCUGACGCUCUACAUCAACAAGAUUAUCGGCCGUCUCCUCACAUAUCAGGGCUUCGAGUCCGUGUUGGGCAAUGACCUCGAUGACAAGCCCAACACCAACAAGGACCUUCCCCCUCCGCCUCCUGAGAAGGACACCGAGCAACCUACCGGCUUUCUCCAACGCGCUAAAUCCGUCGUCGGCGCUGGUCCCAAGAAGCAACGUCCAUCAUCCUUGAUGGGCCCACCCGCAUCAGCAGCAGUCCACGAAGACCCCAACACCGCGCCCAGCAUCCCUAUCGCGCAGCGUGCUCCCAGUGCUGGCAAUCCUCACCGCCGCUCAGCCUCCAUCCUGCCCGACGCAGCUAACAUCGUUAACACAAUGUACCGCAUGCCUCCUCCCGCCGCAACACCCGGCCAAACAUCGCCCGGCCUCGUCAGCCCAAGGAACAGCUUCUUCGGCAUCCCCAUCGCCGGUCAGAACGGCUCCAACCCGACAUCCCGCGCCGCAUCAGGCCAGCAGAACAUCCCUGAAGACCGGGAGGUUGACACCGCCAGCAUCAUGUCCGGCACAACAAGCACUUCGGCCGGUGCAAGCGGACACGUUGACACACCAUCCCCGCCACGCGGACGCCUAGACAGGAGCGAUACAUCCGGCCCGAUGACAGGCAAGGGCAUGCGCCCCCUGCGUCUGGUGCAGAACGAAGAGGAGGCGAGCAAAGCGCGCAAGGCUGCAAACCGACAGAGUUGGUUCGGCGGCCUGUUUGGUGCGAGCAACCCGGCCAACGCUCAGCAGCAGCAGGAGCAGUAGAUGUCCACAUCUGUGACGCUCACACCUGUAAGGUUUACACCUGUAAGGGUCACGUCUGUAAGCUGUGGAUGUCGAAGGCGCGGGGACCAGAGGUGCAGUGACACCAAUGAUUGACGAGGUUUGGAAAUAAUGUGCAAUGUGGAUACCGGAUGGCAAUAUGUGGCGGAGUCAAUUUGCUUGAAUCUGUUUGGCAUUUUGUAUACCCCCAAGACGAUAGAUGAGAGAUGAUUGGCAUGGUAUUGUUCCGAUGUAGGCGUAAUGUUACUAUUCUUUGAGAUCUUCUUGUUGUCCCCUGGGCCACGUUAGAACGAGU